AUGGCGUCCUGGCAGCUCCUCGACGUCGACGACGAAAAUCAGCUUCACAAAUCGCGCCUCUUCAGCAUCGAAGAGAAGCCCUUCAAACGUAUCACUAAACGCCUCGGCGCUAUCAAUGGCCUCGCAAACUCCAAAGUGAGACAGGUGUUGACACCGCCUCCCGAGAGCAACGGCGACCAGGCAGCGUCCUCCUCCGCUACCAGAGAGGCGCCGGCGCUCGACCUCGCCCAGCUCAAGGAAGACAUUACCUUCGAUUUCGCCGCGUUCGACGGCACCAUUGCGCGGCUGCAGUUCCUGCUCUCGGCGAACGAGAAGCAGCGCGAGAAGUACGCGGCGGAGCGGGUGCAGAUCCUCGACACGUGCCAGAGCGUGCGCGACAACACGACGCAGCUGCGCGGGCAGCUCGACCAGGCGCGGGCGACGCUCGCGCAGCGCAAGAAGUUCGACAAGCUGGCCGAGAAGAUCUCCAACAACAAGCUGCUGCGCGUGCGCUCCGAGCAGGAGGCCAACCUGCUCAAGCUCGAGGAGGAGUGCCGCCAGCUGGAGGCCGAGAGCGAGACGUACGCGGGCACGUGGCUCGAGCGCAAGGAGCAGUUCUCGCGCAUCAUGGACGAGAGCAUGCGGCUGCGAAGCAUCAUCCGCGACGAGAAGGAGGAGGUGGAGAGACGCGAGGGCAUGGACGAUGAGGGCGGCGAUGGCGGCGCCGGAGAUGCGGAAGGAGAGGCAAGUCAGACACCGAGACCUGGUAUCGCUAGUGGAAAUGCUACGCCUCGGCCAGAUAGUGGUGCGGCUUCCGCCGUGCCGCGCGGACUGGAUAGCGGCGAUGGUUCGGGUACUCCAGCAGCAGCUUCGACUGGUGGAAGGACGCCGAUGCGGGAUAGUCCUGCACCUAGCGGCCAUGAAGGGCUUAAGCCACUGCCGGAUGCUUCUGGCAGCUUUUCACAGAAUGGUAGCCGUGGCCCGAGCCGCGAAGGUUCUCCGGCUCGAGACACAGAGGAAGGAGAGGAUGUUGUUAUGGAUGAAUCAGCGCGGGCUGGUGAGACUCCGAUCGAAGGUACGCAAGGGGAAGAUACUCCUCGCAUCACAGUCGAAGGUCAGGAGGUGGACGACGAUAAGAUGGAUACAACUUGA